AAUAAUUUAUAGUUUUAUAGUUAGCAGUUAGUAGUUUAUGUGUGUAUAGAAAAAACUAGAAACAAAAAUGUUUGGUAAACAAUUGGUUAGUUUGCUAACAAUAUUAGUGAUUACAGUAUUUAAUUGCUAUUUUUGUUAUAAAACUAUAGUAAAAGAAUGUUCAGAUCUGCCAUCCAUUCAUCGUAGAGAAUGGGGGGCACGUGUACCACGACAGUCACUGGCACCUGCUCAACUACCCGUUCCCCAUCUAUUCAUAUAUCACACCAGUAGUUAUUCCCGUCAGUGUCUGGACCUGAACUCAUGUAUCCGUGCCGUACGCUAUAUCCAAGACUAUCAAAUGGAUACACAGGAGCUCCGGGAUAUUAGCUAUAAUGCAUUGAUUGGCGGCGACGGCCGUAUAUAUUGGGGACGAUCAACGCAGGUCGUCGGAUCGCAACCGGUCGGUUUGCACGAUAAGUCCCUAUCCGUGGCAUUCAUUGGUCAGUACGACAACCAGGAACCCAGUCAACUGAUGUUGGAUACGGCCAAACGUUUAGUCCAAUGUUUCGAGAAACUGGGCGAUCGAUUGACUGGUGACUAUCAAUUGCACGGUCACAGGGAUCAGUCGUGUACACAAAGUCCUGGCCAAAAUGUAUACAAUGCGAUCAGACAAUGGCCACAUUUUCAGGGUGGACCAUUGCCAACGUAUAGGUGCAAUAAAACAGCUAGUGCUGGCAGGUUUGAUAGUAAUAUUUUAACUGUAGGUGCUAGAGAUCUUGUUGGCCGAUUAGGCAGACCAGAUGGUCUAGGUGCUAAUAAUGAUACUGUUACAUACAGUAAGCUUAUUAUUACUCCAUUUAUUGGUCAUUCUGUUUAUACUUAUAAUGUUGGUCCAGCUACUGGUGCUGCUGCUACCGGUGCUACUGGUGGUAUUAUUCCUGCUAAUAAUGGUGGUCAAGCUAGUGGUGGUAUUAGUCCUGCUAAUGUUGGUGGUCAAGCUACUGGUGGUAUUAGUCCUGCUAAUAAUGGUGGUCCAGCUACUGGUGGUAUUGGUCCUGCUAAUAAUGGUGGUCCAGCUACUGGUGCUGCUGCUGCUACCGGUGCUACUGGUGGUAUUAGUCCUGCUAAUGUUGGUGGUCAAGCUAGUGGUGGUAUUAGUCCUGCUAAUAAUGGUGGUCCAGCUACGGGUGGUAUUAGUCCUGCUAAUAAUGGUGGUCCAGCUACUGGUGCUGCUGCUUCAGCCGGUGCUCAUGUUGGUGGUGCAGCUACUGGUUCACCAGCUCAUGGACAUUUUACUGGUGUACUUACUGGUGUUGUUGCUGCUUGAGAACCUGCUGUCUAAAAAAAAAUAUUUAUAUCUAAACAAACAAACAAACAAAAAUUAAAUAAAUAUUAAUUUCUAACUAUUAUUAAUAAUAAUCUAAUUUAAUAAUAAAUUUUUGAUUUAAUUGAUAGA